UCCGGCUCCGGCUGCGCUCGGUGCGCGGCUCCCGGGGGUCCCGGCCCAUGGAGGGGCGCUGAGCCCCCCACGACCCCCACCAUGAUUUGGGGGGGUCUCCUCCUGCUCUGCCUGCUCCGCGGGGCGCUGGGCGCAGGACGCCCCCCCGGGAGCGAGGGACAGCGGGCUGGGGACACAACCCACAUCAGCCAGGACCUGGGGGGCGACAGCCCGGCCACCGAGACCCGCAUCGUGGAGGACAAUCACAGCUACUACGUGUCGCGGAUCUACGGCCCGGGCGAGGCUCAGCCCCGGGGGCUCUGGGUGGAGCUGGCGGCGGCCAACAGGAGCCACGUGCGGAUCCACGGGAUCCUGUCCAGCACCCACCGGCAGGCCUCGAGAAUUGUUCUGUCCUUUGACUUCCCCUUCUACGGCCACCCCCUGCGGCAGGUGACCAUCGCCACGGGCGGUUUCAUCUUCGUGGGGGACGUCACCCACCGCAUGCUGACGGCCACGCAGUACAUCGCCCCCCUGAUGGCCAACUUCAACCCCAGCUACUCCCUCAACUCCACCGUGCAGUACCUGGACAAUGGGACGGUGUUCGUGGUGCAGUGGGACCGGGUGUACCUGCAGGGCCGGGAGGAGCUCGGCAGCUUCACCUUCCAGGCAGCCCUGCACCGCAGCGGCAGGAUCGUCUUCGGGUACAAGGAGAUCCCGGUGCCCGUGCUGCAGAUCAGCCCCAGCCAGCACCCGGUCAAGGCCGGGCUGUCCGACGCCUUCCUGGUGCUGAACCCCAACCCCGCCCUGCCCGAGUCCCGCCGCAGGACGAUCUAUGAGUAUCACCGGGUGGAGCUGGACCCCAGCAGGAUCAGCAGCCGCUCUGCAGUGGAGUUCACCCCGCUGCCCACCUGCCUGCAGCACCUGAGCUGUCAGAGCUGCCUGAGCUCAGAGCUGCCCUUCAACUGCAGCUGGUGCCACGUCCUGCACAGGUGCUCCAGCGGCUUUGACAGGUACAGGGAGGAGUGGCUGAGCUCCGGCUGUGCCCAGUCGGACGAGAGGAGCUGCGAGGGAGCGGGGCAGGGCGGCGCCUCCCCCACGCGGGACGGACCCGGCCCCAAAGCCGGCCCCAAAGCCGGCCCCAAAGCCGGCCCCAAAGCCGGCCCCAAAACCGGCCCCAAAACCGGGCCCAAAACCGGCCCCAAAGCCGGGCCCAAACCCGACCCCAAAACCGGCCCCACGGGCUCGGGGGUCCCCGGCAGCCUGACCACGGACGACAACACGAAGCUGGAGCAGUUUGCAGGAGCAGAGGGCACGGGGAGCCCCCUCCCCUCGCGGGGCGCCCCUGUCCCCACGGGCCCCGUGGUCACCGUGACCGUGGCCGUGGCCGUGGCCGUGGCCGUGGCCGUGCUGCUGGCCGGGCUCGUCCUGGCCGGGCUCUACAUCAGCGGCCACCCCUCCUCCCCUGCGGCCCUCUUCUUCCUCCAGCGCCGGCCGCACCGCUGGCCCUCCGUCAGGUUCCGCCGCCGCUCCCAGCGCACCUCCUACACCGAGGUGGAGACCAGCGGCCAGGAGAAGGAAGGGUUUGUGGAGGCUGAGCAGUGCUGAGCGCUCAUCCCGAGGGAAUUCCAAAGAAUCCCGAGGAAAUCCCAAAAAAAUCACAAAGAAUCCCGAGGAAUCCCAAGGAAAUCCGGAAGAAUCCCGAGGAAUCCCAAGGAAUCCCAAAGAAUCUUGAGGAAAACCCAAGGAAUCCCAAGGAAUCCCAAAGAAUCUUGAGGAAAACCCAAGGAAUCCCAAGGAAAUCACAAAGAAUCCCGAGGAAUCCCAAGGAAAUCCCAAAGAAACCUAAGGAAUCCCAAGGAAUCUCAAGGAAUCACAAAGAAUCCCGAGGAAAUCCCAAAGGAAUCCCAAAGCAUCCUGAGGAAAUCCCGAGGAAAUCCCAAAGAAUCCCGAGGAAUCCCAAGAAAUCCCAAAGGAAUCCUGAGGAAAUCCAGAGGAAUCCCGAGGAAAUCACAAAGAAUCCUGAGGAAUCCCAAGGAAUCCCAAGGAAAUCCUGAGGAAUCCCAAGGAAAUCCCAAAGAAACCUGAGGAAUCCCGCAGAAAUCUGAAGGAAUCCCAAGGAAUCCCAAGGAAAUCCCAAAGAAACCUGAGGAAUCCCGCAGAAAUCUGAAGGAAUCCCAAGGAAUCCCAAGGAAAUUCCAAGGAAUCCCAAGGAAAUUCCAAGGAAUCCCAAAGAGUCCUGAGGAAUCCCAAGGAAUCUCAAGGAAUCACAAAGAAUCCCGAGUAAUCCCAAGAAAUCCCAAAGAAUUCCAAAGCAAUCCCAAGGAAAUCCAAAGAAUCCCGAGGAAUUCCAAAGAAUCCUGAGGAAUCCUAAAGAAAACCCAAGG